CAAACAAAAACAGUUUCAUUCUAGUGUUAUCAUUUUUUUUUCAAAAUUUUUUAUUUUCAGAAUAUUCAGAAUAAGUGUUGUAAAAAUUUCAAAAGUACAGGCCGACGGAAUAAAAGUACAGCAGAGCUGUAAUGUAGUCGAUCUUCCAUCAUAUCCAAUGUAUUAAACUUCAGCUUAGGUAAUUUUUCUGAUGAAAAUCGACGAUGAAAAAAAUCACCCCCAGACCAUUAAAGGAAGGUGUAUGCCAACAAAUGGCAGAUCUUAUUCAUCAAAUUACCAAUAAACAGUACAAAUUAAUAAAAGAAGAUACCGUGAAAGAGCUGCAGAAUUUAUGCAAUGGAAAUGAUGACUACAUCAGAAGAGUGUAUACCUUGCUGCAAGAUAAUUUAAAGAAACGACAUUCCGAAAUACGUUACAAUACUUUUUACAUUAUGAAUAUAUUUUUCAAAAAUUAUCACAGUUUCCGGUUGCUAACUGUAGAAGAUCUAAAAAUUAUAUUGGACUUGACAGCUGAAAUAAAUUACGAGUCGCGUCUACCUCCUCCUAAGAAUGCUGCCGAUGAAUUGAAGAAGCUGACUUUGAAAUCUAUCAAAGAAUGGGUUCAAAUGUUUGGCACGAAGUAUAAAAAACUCAAUUUAUGUUACGAUUUUUUGAAACUUAAGAAAAAGGUGGAUUUCGAAAAAUUGGAAAUGGAAGAUCAAGCUUUGAGAAAACGUAAAGAAGAAGAGCAAAGAAGAAAACGAAUGCUCAAUGAAGAAAGGCUCAAGGUACUGAGAAGUACCAUAAAUGAAACUGUACCUGAAAUAAACGACGUGAAAGAAAGCAUAACAUCUUGUUUAAAAUUACUCAUUCCUACUCCAGAACAUUUUUUCAUUAAUGAAGAAGCCGACGAUGUUGUAAAUAAUGUAACGUUGCCUGCAGAGAUAUCAAAAACUCCUGCGAAUGAUGCUGAAGAUUUAGUUACUCAAGAAGUAGAUGAAAAUCAGGCUGUUUAUCGUGAAAGUGGUAUGGUUAGAGGCACUUUCUCGAUAAAUAUCAGUUUACCCAAAGAACAAAAAAAAAUAUCAAUCAAAGAAACCGAAGAAAACGCCAUCAUAAUCGAAAAUGCCAAAGAUCAUUAUAAAUUAUUAAAAAAUAAAUACCUAAACACGGUUAAAAAUUGGAUAAAAAAUUUAACAACAUUAGCAACUGGCACUUCGGAAUUGAAGAGCAUAAUUGAUCUGAAAACUGAUAUCGAGCACCUGAUAAAAAAAUACGAAAAUUUGGUAUUUGAAAAAGAACAUCCUAUCGAUGAUGGCGAUAGUGAUUCCGAAAUGAUAGAAGUUACUGCUGAAUUGCCAUCAGCUGAUGAAACGAUCAUUGCUAAUUUAAAGGAAAUUGAAUGUAUUCCAUCUACUUCCGGUUUGAAUUUGUCUGCUCAAUCAACAUCGCGUGAAACCGAUCAACGAGAGAGUACAUCAGAAGAAAACGAAAGGAAGAAAAAAUUACUACAGAUUGCUCCGAAGGUACCCUUCGAUGUAGAUUUAUAUCACUGGGAAGAGGAAAAUCUAUCCGCUCCUGUGUUAUUACCAGUAACUGCCGAAGGACGUCAUUUUUGGUCCGCUACUGUUAUGGACGAUACCGAUGGUUGUAUUCCAGAUCCUGAAGGAGUCGCUGGAUUACGUACCAGAGUGAUCGAAUUCAGCGGUAAAUUUGAACCUGUUAAGUGGAGUUGCAGGUUUCCUUUACCAAAUGGCAAACUAUGUCCUAGAAAAGACAGACACAAGUGUCCUUUUCAUGGUCUUAUUGUUGCUCGAGACGAAACAGGCAAAUGUAUAAACGCCGAAGAUGAGAAGAAACAGAAAGAAAGAUUAGAAAAUGCAAAUUACAGUGAUGCCCAAAACCCGGAAUUAUUGGCUGAAAUACAACAAGCAACUGGUAUCGAUUUAAAAUUACCAGAUCGUAAAAAACGAAAGAAACCAGAUGACGGUGGUUUGACUGAUAUCAAAAAGAAAGAAAAUACAGUUUAUAAAAGAUUGGAGAAGAAAAUUUUCAACCGAUCUAGUGUGAAGAAAGUAGCUCGUACCUUAGAUAAUCUGGAUAGAAGAAGAUUUCGUGAUAAAUUUGGGGAUCAGUUUCAGUACGUCCAUGACACAACGUGACCCCAAAUAUGAUAAAACAUUUCAAUUUAUUUGCUAAUUUUUUGUUAUCGAUAUUUGAAUUCAUUUUGUUAAAAAAUUGUACAAUAUGUUCGUACGUUGGUAGAAUGGUUUAAUAUUGAAACGAUCACUGAUCAGUUUCGAAAACCAUGGGAAAACUAUUGGGUAGCAGAGUAUUAAUUCGAGCAUAUUUUUGAAGAACAAUCAAAUUCGCAACCUUACUUGAGACCUGAAAUUCAAGUAGGUAGUUCAACGAAUAUAAAGUCUCAUGUAGCAUUACUGGAAAAUUUGAAGUGAAAUUUUGAAAUUGUAUUCGUAAUUCGAAAAUGAAAUAUUCAAUUCCAACCUUCGAAAAUUUUUCUUUUUCCCAUGAGAUUUUUUCUUAGAACUGAAAAAAUUAACGCAAAGCAAAAAACAUUCUCUGCCUGCUAAUCAAGCAAUCAAUCUUCAAUUAAUCAAUUUACAUCAACUCAAAUGAAUUUCUGAACUCCGAAGACGUUUCAAAUUUUAUUCAUUUGGGGCGAAUUUUACCCCAUUUAGAAUUAAUAUAUAUGUAACUGUAUAAAAAUAAAUGAAUAAAUAAAUAAAUAACU